CUCAGUCGCUCAGUCAGUCUCGGGCUGUCCAGCCAGGGUGUUUGGUGGUGAGGAUUCAGGCUCCGUCCAGACGAGGCCGUGGCCUGAGGCUUAGGGCCCCCCAGCCCCUCCCUCCCAGUCCAUCAGCGUCACCCCCCCAGCCCCGAGCUGGACCGCACACCUUGGGACACGGUUUUCCACUUCCUCAGGACGAGCCCCAGACUGGAGGAGAGGUCGGAGGAGGUGGGCGUUGGGCUCUUCGCGAGGACCCCGGCGGCGGGCCUGGGGGAGGCGGCCGAAGCGGCGGCGGCCGGGAGCGACAUGGCCGAGGAACAGGACCUAUCCGAGGUGGAGCUGAGCCCCGUGGGCUCGGAGGAGCCCCGCUGCCUGUCCCCUGGCAGCGCGCCGUCGCUGGGACCCGACGGCGGCGGCGGCGGCUCCGGCCUGCGAGCCAGCCCGGGGCCCGGCGAACUGGGCAAGGUCAAGAAGGAACAGCAGGACGGCGGCGAAACAGACGAUGACAAGUUCCCCGUGUGCAUCCGCGAGGCGGUCAGCCAGGUGCUCAGCGGCUACGACUGGACGCUGGUGCCCAUGCCCGUGCGUGUCAACGGCGCCAGCAAGAGCAAGCCGCACGUCAAGCGGCCCAUGAACGCCUUCAUGGUGUGGGCACAGGCGGCGCGCAGGAAGCUGGCCGACCAAUACCCGCACCUCCACAAUGCGGAGCUCAGCAAGACGCUGGGCAAGCUUUGGAGGCUGCUGAACGAGAGUGACAAACGCCCCUUCAUCGAGGAGGCUGAGCGGCUCCGGAUGCAACAUAAGAAGGACCAUCCAGACUACAAGUACCAACCUCGGCGGCGGAAGAAUGGGAAGGCGGCCCAGGGGGAUGCAGAAUGCCCGGGCGGGGAGGCUGAGCAAGGAGGGGCUGCCGCCAUCCAGGCUCACUACAAGAGUGCCCACCUGGACCACCGGCACCCGGAAGAAGGUUCUCCCAUGUCAGACGGGAACCCAGAGCACCCCUCCGGCCAGAGCCAUGGCCCUCCCACCCCUCCAACCACCCCAAAGACAGAGCUGCAGUCCGGCAAGGCAGACCCCAAAAGGGAUGGGCGCUCCCUGGGGGAGGGCGGGAAGCCCCACAUCGACUUCGGCAACGUGGACAUCGGGGAGAUCAGCCACGAGGUAAUGUCCAACAUGGAGACCUUCGAUGUGACUGAGCUGGACCAAUACCUGCCACCCAACGGGCACCCAGGCCACGUGGGUAGCUACUCAGCAGCUGGCUACGGGCUGGGCAGUGCCCUGGCUGUGGCCAGUGGACACUCUGCCUGGAUCUCCAAGCCACCGGGUGUGGCUCUGCCCACGGUCUCGCCCCCUGGUGUGGAUGCCAAAACCCAGGUGAAGACAGAGACCACAGGCCCCCAGGGACCCCCACACUACACUGACCAGCCGUCCACUUCCCAGAUCGCCUACACCUCCCUCAGUCUGCCCCACUACGGCUCCGCCUUCCCCUCCAUCUCCCGCCCCCAGUUCGACUAUUCUGACCAUCAGCCCUCAGGACCCUACUAUGGCCACGCAGGCCAGGCUUCCGGCCUCUACUCAGCCUUUUCCUACAUGGGGCCCUCCCAGCGGCCCCUCUAUACGGCCAUCUCUGACCCCAGCCCCUCAGGGCCCCAGUCCCACAGUCCCACACACUGGGAGCAGCCAGUAUAUACGACUCUGUCCCGACCUUAGAGGGGGCCGUCCCCACCGGUCCCCACCUGGCCCCAGGGCCCCUCCCCCCAGCCUGUGUGCCCUGCUCCCCAUCAGCCUCAGGCCUGGCCGCGAAGGAGGCUGCAGAGGCUGGCGGCGGCAGCAGGGAGGUCUCUGCCAGCUCCUGCCCUGAUGACCUCCACCCACCCUGGCUCUGGAGGCCCAGUCCUGACUGAGCUGGCAGAGGAGGAAGAGUUUGGUGGCUGGCCCAGACUGAGGGUGAGGGGCCACUCACCCCUAGAAAUGACCCUCUAUCCCAGGACCUGAGAAGUCCUGCUCACUCCUUCAGGGAGGUCGGAAGCCUUAGGGUGGGAGACCUCACUCCUGUUUCCUCCUUAGAGAGGAAGGGGUUCAAAGGCCCGUGUAUCACUGUGUCACGGUGCCUAAGAGCUAGGCUUCCCAGGGACCUGCCUCAAAGCCUGGAGCUGGCUCUGUCCUGUCCCUAAGGACUCGCUGAGGGCAGCUUUGAACAGCUUUGUGGGGAGCAGGCUGGGAUACUCGAUGGACGCUCUGAUCCCUUCAAUGCCCCCUCCUCACCUGAACGCAGGAAGGAACUGGCAGAGGCCCUCAGAUCCGAUCCUGUGUCAAUAACCUCAUCCCUUGUCUAACUGAGGAGAUCCCCUGUGCUUCCCCACCACCUCCCACACCUCAAGGCCCACCCCAAGUGAGGAGGAGGCAGGGGCUCCGGGAAAGAGCCAGGGGCAAUUCACCCAGCCUUCCUCUGCCUCCUGACGGUCAGCCCCGUGUCCCCAGGCCCAGAGUUAGCACUGCCCCAGGCCCUAAGUCCCAGAGCCCAGCACCCAGGCUGCUGGCAGCAGGCUGGACACUAAAACCCCGGCCAUGUACAUGCCCCCCUUGCCCUGCGCCCUUCGCUCCAGCGAUGCCUUAAUAAAGUACGUAGCUCCGUCUCCCCAGCUCGUUCUGCAGCCCAGUCCACAUGUAACACAUCGCUGCCCUUAUUUAUCUGGAUAGUCGCCACGCUCCUGCCCCUCCUCUAGCUACUCCAGCCCCCAUUAACUUGCAUUAAGCACUCCAAGUAAUAAAAUCAAAACUUCCGGUCGCCUGCUUGGUGGCCUGACCUG